UCGCCACCGAUGCAUGAGAGUUUAUUAUUAACCGAGUUGUAAACUGGAAUAGUUUAUAAAUUAUAAUAAUUUUUACUAUAUCUAUGGGUAAACCGGACUGUAAAAUACCUUAAAACAACAUGGCUUUUCUUCGCUAUACCAUGUUAUUGGAAACCUUCGUUGCAUGUUCAAUGCUCUCAAGUUUAACGUGGGCAAACGAGGAAGAGACUGAAAAAUUGAAGGAGGAAGAAGCAGCUCGAGAGCAUGAACUAAAUAGCUCGUUAUUUCUCUUGCUUUUUGCACUACUCAUUAUUACUGUUUUAACCAUUUGGCUUUUUAAAGUGAAGCGCUUUCGAUUUCUCCACGAAACAGGACUCAGUAUCGUUUACGGUAUCAUCAUUGGUGCCAUUAUGAGAUAUGGUAUUAAUUUAUCACCAAAGUCGCAUUUUUCUUCAAACUGCACAAUCAACAGAACUGCAGCUCCCACAAAUCUAUGGGUGACUGUCAAUGGUACAAGAUACUCGUAUAAAUUGUCGGGACCUGUGAAUGAAACUGCUAGUGAGAAUGCAAAUGAUAAUUUAGAGGAAAAGGCUGUUUUUGAUCCUGAAAUAUUUUUCAAUGUUUUAUUACCUCCUAUAAUAUUUUAUGCUGGCUAUGAUAUGAAAAAGCGUUUUUUCUUUCGUAAUAUUGGGGCAAUACUCACCUAUGCCUUUGUUGGAACAACUGUUUCAUGCAUUAUAUUUGGUUCAAUGAUAUAUGGUUUUGUGAAGUUUCAAGGGAUAGAAAAGUUUGAUUACAUUGAGUCACUUUCAUUUGGUGCCCUCAUAUCUGCUACUGAUCCAGUAACAGUGCUAGCAAUUUUUCAUGACAUGCAUGUUGAUGUUGAUCUAUAUGCUCUGGUGUUUGGUGAAAGUGUGAUGAAUGAUGCUGUAGCCAUUGUCUUAUACCGGUCAAUCAACAGUUACUCUUCCAACAGUGGAGCAUUUAAGUUCACUUCCUUAUUGUCUGCUAUUGGUGUUUUUAUUGGUGUUUUUGGUGGAUCAUUUGCAAUUGGAACAUUAAUGGCAUUGUUUACCUCAAUUUUAACCAAGUUUACGAACAUUAAAGACUUUCCAUUGCUGGAGACUGCACUAUUCUUUUUAAUGUCAUGGUGCACGUUUCUCAUGGCCGAGGCUGCUGGUUUAACAGGUAUCGUCGCUGUUUUAUUCUGUGGAAUAUCACAAGCACACUAUACGUAUGAUAAUUUAUCAGAUCAUUCUAAAGAAAGAACAAAACAGACCUUUGGUUUGCUUAAUUUCUUGGCUGAGAACUUCAUUUUUUCGUACAUUGGCCUGUCAGUGUUUACUUUCAGUCGACACAAGUGGAAUGUUGGUUUUAUUUGUUGGUCAUUUUUGGGUUUGCUUGUAUCGCGUUUCUUUAAUAUCUAUCCACUGUCAUUUUUACUCAAUUUGGGAAGAAGAAGAAAAAUAUCGGCAAAAUUUCAAAACAUGAUGUUCUUCGCUGGGCUGCGAGGUGCGGUGGCAUUUGCCCUUGCCAUACGUAAUACGUCUUCGGUUGCAAGACAGAUGAUGCUUACAACGGUGUUGGUCAUAGUUCUGGUUACUGUUGUUUUCAAUGGAGGUGGAACAAUGUCCAUGUUAACUUAUCUUAAAAUAAAAGUUGGUGUUGACCCAGAUGACGAAGACUUUGAGGAUGAAACAAGUUUCCAACGGGUUUGCAGUUCUGAAGAUGAUGCUGAUACUUCAGAGAGACAGCAAUAUUAUGAAAGGGCGUGGCUCAUUCGAAUGUGGUACGAUUUUGAUAAGAAAUACAUGAAGCCAUUAUUUACUAAGUCUGGCCCACCUCUCUCUGAAACCCUUCCUGGGUGGUGUGGUCCUUUAGCUCUUUGCUUAUCAAAACCAAACAUCGACGAAGCCAAAGCUCAGCAAAAAUCCGAAUCAGAAAGCAUUGAGGGUUUUGAGAAUUCUACAACAUACGAGAGGAGAAUUGAUGACGAAACUGAACCUGGAAACGAAGAUGUUGUGAUCAGGCAACCAGUGCUAGGCCCACAAGAUAUUGAAAUGACUGAAGGAGAUUUAGGAUUAGGCGACCGAACUUUUAAUCCUAGAAGUUAAAAAUAAUCGUUUUAUACAAUCAGUAGGAAUUCACAUUUUCAAUAAUGAACGAAAAUUUUCAUCAUCCACUCGUUAUUCUAAUUAUCAUGCUGAAGCAUAAUUUGUUAAUUAUAUAUAAUAGUGUUAUUUUUAAUUUGAAAAAUAUAUAGCUGCAACGC